AUAUUUUUAUAUUUCAGAUGAUCCAAAUCUAGGUUAAAAAUGUCUGUAUCUAGUCCGGAGAAGACGAAGGUUUAUAAGAAGAAAAGAAGUUCCAAACAGAGUCUGUUUUCAGAAGCUAAACUGGAAAGGGUGAGUAAAAAACUGAAGCUUGACUUUGCUUCCGACACUGAAGAUACAGAUAUCGAUGACUUCGAACCCUUACCACCAUUAAACCUCGAGAAGAUCUAUAUUAAAGGAACACACUCCAAGAAGGAAAAAUCUGAAGAGGAGAAAAAGUUGUACCAGGAAGAAAAAUUGAAGAAAGAAGAGGAAUUGAAGCUCGAGGAGAAUGAGUUGAAUAUAAAGCUGGAGAAAUACCGAGGGACGGGAGUAGGUUCGCUGAGUGAGGAGGAGUGGUUGAAGAUGACCGAACUUGGAGAUAGGUUGGAUGAGAUCUAUAGGAUACGGUAUAUUGAGGCGGAGUUCGGAGAUGGUUUCCUGGAACAGGAGGUGGAGGAGGAGGGGGAACUAGAAUUCCUUGGUUGCUGUGAUAGAGAGUUUAAGCGAUCAGAUAUAUCAGACGAUGAAGCAGUUCGUGAGUAUUCUGUAGUUGUAUCUGAGGAGAUCUGGGAGGAUGGUGAUGAUGAUGAUACUAGACCUACCGAAGAUGUGUCACUCAACAAUAUUGCUGAACCUAAAGUUGAAGAGAAUAGAACAGUUGCCCCAGCUCCUGUCUAUGCUAACUUUUCAGUAUCAGUUAAAUUGGAUAAAGUUUUAGAAGAUUUAUCUGACAGCGAUGAUGAAGAUUCAGCUGUAAUAGAGAAAUCUGAGAACCUAGAUCAGAAUGAAACCAUGAAUAAAUCUGAUGAGUUAAGCCCAGUAUCUAGUCCCUUAUCCCUUCAAGAUAAGAACUGUAACACUACGAACAAAGACGAGAUUGAUAUGAGUAUGUGGGAUCCGUACGAAAAUUCGAGCAUUGGGUACUUUCUCGUUGCUCAUUACUUAGCUUGCAGUAGGUGGGCUAAGAUCAACCGACUGGAUUUAAACUUCACAGGAAUUGUUAUGUCAGUUGAGACCAGUUGUCUGUUUGGUCGGGAUAUGCUGAAAGAAAAUCCUCUCCUGGAUCCUAAACACUCCAGUUGUGUUCUAAAUCCUUGGAAGAUUCGAAACCACAAAAAUGCUUUAGCUCAUUCUACUGCUGGAUUGGAAAUGGAUCUAGAAGGACGGAAAAUGAUCACUGCUCCAGUUUGUGUUAAUUUCUGGACAUUUCUUACCGCGGAUGAUGGACUAGAAGAUGUCCCACUGGAGUUUGGAGAUGGUUGGAUUGAACUAGUUGACGUGUUCAUGCAAACAAUCAAUCCAGAGACAUAUGCACCACCGUCCGUUAUACACAGGAUAAUGAUUGAAGGGUUGAGAGACUAUCCUGAACCGUUUGUGAGAUAUAUUGUUUACUCAGCUCUCGACCACACCUAUAAAUGUCUCAGUCCUGGACCAUCUGAUCUGUUCGGGAGUAAUUACUACCUGGAAAUGAUGAAUCCUGCUAAACCAGGGAAAAUGAAACCUGGAAUACAAGAUGAGAAUACUCCUUGGACCUUUCUCAACGAGCUCACAGAGCUUUGUGUAAAUUUUAUUCCUGAUAGCAGUAAAUCUUAUACGAGGAAGAUUUCCGACGAAGUAGAUGAGGAGAUAAUACCUGAUCCUAUCUGGGAUACUCCAGGGCCUUUUCUCCUACUGGAGUUCUGGACCUGUAUCCUGGACCGGGACCUCAAGGAUUGGUUUGAUCUCUACUGUAGACAGGAACAGAUAUAUUUUAGAGGAGUAGAACGUCCUUUAAUAGCUCGAGUCUUCUUCUUUACCGGAGAAGUUCGUUGGAACCGGAGAUGUGAGAGUUUUUGUAAACUUUAUGUUGCAGGGCUGGGUAGACCAGCGGAAAUGUAUGCUAGGACUUGUAUCAGGAAGCUCGUUGGUUUACUUGCUCAGACUCUAUGUCUAGCAGAGAAGAUGAAGAUUGAAAGGAUUAGUCCAGAAUCUGAGCUAAACCUUUACAAAAACCAGAUGGCAAGAUGUAUUGCUAACAAUCUCUUUGAAGAGAAAAUCUCUGACAAUGAACUGGUGAGAAAAGAACUGUUUCUCCUUGAACCCUCUUGGUUAAGUUCCGCUGUAUCAACCAUCUAUCUGGGACGGUUAACCGGAGCUCACUUUAACCUCUUUCCAACCUUGACAGAUGUCAUGAACAAUUUUGUCACUGUUGGGAUACAAGAAGAGGAUAAUAAUGAGGAAGAUGAGGAAGAAAUUAGUUCUCCUGUUACUGAACCGAUAACUAGGAUAACUCCAAUCAAAGAAAACAUAGAACCAAACUCGCCUAACGUCAAGGCAAGAUCUAAAUCAGCAUUGAAACCCCGGAACACACCCAACAACAGUUCUCCAACGCCGUCCAAACCUCCUCAGAAGAUAAAUCUAAAUUACAAAAACCAGUACGGAGAGAGACAUAUACAUCUUGCAUGCAAGAAGAAUGAUGUACAGAAACUACGCUUAGUUCUUAAUACACCAGGUGUUGAUGUUAAUGUACCUGAUAAUGGCGGUAACACUGCUUUGCACGAAGCAGUUAACAGCGACAGCAUCGAGGCAGUAAAGUUGCUUUUAAACUUUGUUCCUCAUGUAACCUUGGACAAAUUUUUCAGUAUAACUCCUAAGAAAGGAUCACAAAGUGUUGGGAAGAAGAACAACUACGCAGAUCUUCUUGCUCUGGAUCAACACAAAGAAAGUCCUAUUAUCUAUGCUGUUCAAUUGGAUAGAGUUGAGAUCCUAAAAUACAUUCUAGAAUUCCUACAGGAGCAAGAGAAGAAGAAAUCAUCUAAAUUCCCUAAACUAUCCAAGGUUUUUGAGAUCAGCUCCGAAUCCCCAUCUAGUCUUUUAAGCAAAGCAACGAGUGAGCCUAUGAAGGAUUUAUUGGAUAAGUAUUACAAUAUUGUCAAAUCCUCUGGUGUUUCAAUCAUGAAAAUCCAUCCAACUGAGCCAAUACCACUAGCUCUAGUCAAAUCUGAGCGGUAUCAAAUACUCUUGAAAAACUCACUCCACAGAUAUUUUGGAGCACAAAACAUGUACCUAUGUUAUCGACUGUGGAAGACUGGAUACAAGUAUGAAGAGUUCAAACCGGAGAGGAUUCAGCAGCUUCUAGCAGAGGAGAAGGAGGUAGUUGUACAUGAGGAUCUGAAACGGUUUGAACCCAUCGACUACAAAGAUUCUUUUGUAAGAUUUCCUUUCGGGAACCCUCCAAGGUUUGAUGUGUUUAGGCCGCAUUCUACCAAAGCUGAUGAUCUCAAGAUUCUGGAGAACUUGAAGUACCACGAGCAAAAGUUACCAAAUCUAGUUGAUCCGAGGAAUCCUAUCUUAUCAUUUAGAGACAUGCAUCUCUAGAUCUUUGUCAUUCACACGAUCUUCCCUCAUUCACAUGAGAUUACGAAAUACAGGCUCAACAUAUUUAGCGACAAUUGCAAUAGUUACAAAUCUUAACGUUCUAUAAAUGUAAUGUUCAAUCAGCAUUUUCAGUGCAUAAUAAUGCUAUAACUUGACCAGAUCGGUAAUUUUAUUCUAUCUGUCUCUAGUUGAUUCCCAACCCUAUUCCUCCUCUUCUUCUUGUCUUUUGAAUUUGCUAAAUCCAACAAAUUUCUUUUCAAUCAAUUCAACCAGUUUUUAGUCUUAACGUUGUGCUAAAAACAUUUUCAUUUUACUAUUUUUUUCAUGAUUAAAGUGACCAUUUAUUUGUAGAGUGCCAUGUGUUCGUUUCCUAACGGUACCAUUUAGCCCUUUUCGGCUUAAUAAUGAGAAAGAUAUCUAUGUCUUUCGGUUUGUUAAUUUUACCUCACAAUAUAAAUCAACAAGUAAUUUUUUUAUAUAAAAACCGCAAUUAGAAAUAAUAGAUUUGAGAUAGCAAAUACAAACAUAACUCACUUUUGCUCAUACCAAGGUUCAAAGUUAAGAUCACUUUAAAUCAAGUCAUGUGACAAGCUCAAAGCAAUGAUCAGUAUUCAGUAUUUUAUAAUUUAAAGUUCUACAGUUUUAAUACGUUGUCUUUCUCUACAUCUUUACCUUCGAAUACCUUUAUGAACAAACCCUUGAUAAGUAAAAGCCGUUUCAGAAAAGUUUUUAUAUUUAUUUUUUAUUUUUUGGUGCAAAGUAUCAUGAUCACUAAGCCAUAUCAUAGGACUAACAUAGGACUAAAAUUAAAGUGUCAUCCCUUUCGGGUAACUCCGUAUUUUUAAAAGAUGUUGAAGCUAUAACUGUUAAUUUGAAUGUUCAUAAAGAAACCCCUAACGAGCUUACUAUGUACAUACUCUUUGAAGUUGUUUUUUUGCGAAAUCACUUUGUACUUCCAAAGAUUUUUUUAAAUAAAAAAAUAUUUCUUUAUGUAA